GACAAAGGAAAACUAAUGGUGAACUCAAUAUACGAGAUGCUACAUAACAAAGAACAUAAGAUGCAGGACUGCACAACCCAGCUCCUCGCUUCACUAACAAUGGAUUUACCCAACACCCAUCCGGAGCUCUAAGAAAAGAGAAUUCCAUGAAAAGCUAAGGUUCAAUUCAUAUAUUUCCACCUGUUUCGGGAAUUCUAAAGAAUAUUUACGUCUCAAAAUGGCCGCUCAGCCAUCAAUAUAUACUCGACUCGCAGAAUCGCACACGCAUCCUACUGGAGAAGACCAUAGAGCGUUGCAUCGACUUCCCGGUUUACUCAAAAGCGGUAUUACGCCAAUUACACCACCUCCAUACGAGAAUUAUUAUAAACAUAAAGCUCAUCAGAAUUUGAAAUGGUACCAGUCUCAAAGAUUUAGUGGUUUCACGACUCAAGAGCUCCAUCUACACGAUGCGUUUGCCCCGUAUUCGAAUUUAAAAGCGACUGGACAAUUAACCUGCCCUAUUCAUCCGAUUUUACAAAGAUCGAAAUGGAGACGGCAAUUACCUGCUCAACUGGCUAGGUACCCACUUGGAAAUGGACGAGAAGGAUACUGGGAUGCUUGGGAAAAUGAUACAGUUUGGAAUAUGAUGGUACCGUCAUUGCAAUUAACAACGAUGUUUAUGGCAAAUUUGUAUACUUGGCCUUGGUUUGACGCAUUAUUCUUUGGAGAAAUGGAAGAGGUAGACCCAGUUGAUCUACCACCCGAACUACAAGGAAAGAAGGGAUAUCGAAGAUUCAAAUUACGACGUCCUGAGAUAUGUGCUCGAGCUAAUGAGCGUACGCGUGUCCAAGAAAUGCUUGAAAGGUUUCGGGAUGAUGUUAUUCUGGAUUUGAGUAGUGGACACACAGAUACUAGAUCAGGAUUGCCAGAUGAAUUCGAGUUCGCAAACACAAAUGGGUCUCUGAAUGUAGUUACCAAAAGAGGAAUAGGUAUAUCAAUGGCUUUUGAAAUAUUGGAACCGUUGUUCAAUAACAAGAUAACUGAGGCGGAGCGAAUGAUAGUUGUAUAUAGAUUCGCGGCUGUCCUACUGCAUGAGCUUUGCCAUGCCUUUUGGGAAUGUCUACGGAAACGGGGCAUACGAAUCGAUGGUGAAGAUGUCGUUGGGCAGAAUUUGGAACCAUGGUUCGAACACCAAAGAACCUCCGAGCUAGGUUUCUCGAUGGAAAGCUUUGUAUUCGGCGGCAUCGCCCAAGAUUUCUUGCGGGAAGAAAGUGUGCCUUGUCGGGGCAUUCCACCCAUGGGAUUCUUUCUGAGCGAAUUUGACAAAUCAGUAACUGAGCCAUUGACAACAAAUCCGUUGGUUCUUAUUAGGAAGCCUCCAAACUAUUUUGUUUCGCAUGUAUGGCCAGUAACUUUGACUUAUUUUAUAGAUAUUCAGAACCAACUUUGGUGGAAUACAUACAAAACGGUAUUCGGACCUAGAAGUACCCAUAUUCCGAAAUUAUACGGGAAAAGAACGAUCAACAGGCCAGAUGGUUCACCUCCGGAGCCACCCUCUGUUGGUUUCGAAAAUAUAGAUUUAGACACCACGAUGAUAGAAACGGGACCGAAGACUCAAAUCCAAGGCAUUGUAGAUUGGUUCCGCAACUCGUAUAAGCAGCGCGCAUAUGCAAUCAGAAAUGCAAUAAUAGCUCACGGGGACUUAGAAGGUAGUUACUUGCUACCACCUUAUCCUCCUCCAGGGGACAAUGAAGAGGAGGACGAAGACAUGGAUGACAAUAGUGAGGAAGAAAAUCAGGAGGAAGAAGAAGAUGAUGAUGAUGAAGAAGAUAUACCUUCUUGUCCACGUUACGAUGAGAUCAAGAACUACUUAAUCAACCAGAAGAGAGAAUUGGCUAUCGAUACGAUGAAAUUUAGAAUGCCAGAACAUACCCUCCAUCAAUAUAUACGUAGGAACGGCGGGAUAGAUCUAAGCGCCGAAGAAUGGAGAAGGUUUCUCUUGAAUUCCACUGAGCGUAAGGAAAUGUUUCAAAUCCGUAACAAAAACGGAAAGCCCCCAACCCCGUACCAUGCAAUUCUCCGUACUCUUAGUAAUGGGUGGCCCACAAGAUUACGAGCUUCAACAAUUCCGAUGCAAGUAAGGAUCUCUGAGGCACAGACAGAAUGCUUCUCGAAUGCAACUACGAUCUAUUUAGCAGACAGAAAAGAACCUUGGUACAGAUUGGAUUUCUGGGAUGCCGAUCUAGAUAUAUUUCUUGUAUUGUGUAACAAUUGGCUAGCCGAUAAUAACCAAGCUCCUCUUCCAAAGGACAUUUUCGAAGCAUGUAUACGAGCAGGUGUACAGCCUCGAUUUGUUCUUGGCCCCAAAGGUAUUGUUCGCAAAUUACCUGGGCUGCCUCCGCAAGCAAAGGAAUCCAAGAAAAGAUCGGCUCAAGGCCCUCAACUGGGUCUCCCAUCAAAGCAUCGGGGUCAAAAUCGACCUAGGUGAUGGAUUUAGCUUUGUCCUAUUGGCAUGAACAGUAUAUAUUCUGAGCGCAUCUGUCACUAUACUGCAUUUAUCCAAUGGAUCUGCAAAGCUGCAAAUACAGCUUGUAUGAUAGUGGUAACUUGAAUCAAAACUCCUAUGGCAUUCGCUUGCUGCCAAAAGAAGUUUGCUAUCGUGUGUGGUGUGCCUUUCGAUUAUGUAUUUGUGCCACAUUCGAUGAGGUAAGUGUCUGAGAUUUGAUAACGAUAGGGAAUCAUGAUGAUUCGCAUGCGUGUAAUCUAUUACCGGCGAAAUAACGUCCAGUCAUAACGAGUGCAGUAGAUAGCCACGAAUCGUAUUCUAGAAAGCUUGUAGCGGGUCUGUCGAUAAACAAUCGCAAGAUGCAACGGUUGGUAGUCA